AGGACGUAGCUAAAUGAACCUGAGUUUCUUGAGUAUUGCUCUUGUUGCGUUCAGAACUAACCAGAUUUGUCGCUUUUCUGGUGAUAGCUUAAACGUAGUGGAUAUUUUCAGCAAUGGCCCAGUGCGCUCAAAGCGCGCAGGAGUUUAUACAGAAUGCGUUCGGGCCCAUGGUAGCCGUGCUGUGCAGUCAUGAUGCCGAAGUCCUGUGCCAGAAAAAUAACUUAUCGUUCGUGGAGAUGGUUCGACCAUUUUGUAAACUAAACACGGAAGCUCAUAUACGCGAUCCUGCCGGUCAAGUGCUAACACUACGCAGCUUGAAAAUCAUUGUCAAUGAGAUGAAUAUGCAGCCGCCAUCACCAACUAUCGUACGAAAGAUGAUGAAUGAAGCAGUGUCAAAUGCACAGUUACCACAGGUUGCUGAAGGCAGUCGAACUAAUGUACUCAGUGUGGGAGAUUAUGACCUACAAAUAAGCUCAUCUACGCCAUGGUAUGAAGCAUAUAGAGAAUUAUUCCUCCAUGUUGCCCAGGUACCAUCUACUCAUGAGUACCUCAAACAUUUUAUUGCUUGUUUGUUGGUUGUGUCUUCGUCUCAUGCAGACCCAAUGGAUCAGUUCAUAAAACUAAGUACUCAGCAAAAUCAACAUCAAUUCAACUCCAAAACAAGCUACCCAAAAUGGUUUAAUAAUAAUAUAUUUAAAUAUUAUGUUCUAGUACAUGACGUCGCUGAAGGAGAUGAAGAGAAAGCUGAUGGAGUAUACCAAAGUAUGAAAUCAUCCUUUGGUACGCACGCAUGUCAUCUAUUGAAGAUCAAUUCCAGACCCAUGCAUACAACAACGGAGGCGUCUGAAUUCACCAAUGCUGACCAGGGCAGUCUACCCAAUCCUUGGAGCCAAUUUAUAAGCAAAAAAAUAGAUUCACAGGAGCAAGGUGAAGGGGAGGUGUCGAACAGUGUGUCUGGUGCAGCGGAUAGCAGUCCUCAAAUUGACCAUAGUGCAUUCCCUAGCAAAGUGAGUGAAGCUGAUCCUGGACCACCUGUUAUGAACACAAUGGAUUCACAGCCUUUGUUAACACGGGUAGAAAGUGAACCAUUAUUGAAUAUACCAGACAGAGAUGAACCUAGUCUCAUCAGAGUUGGAAGUGCCAUCCACAUGACUGCAGGGGUACCACAUAUUUCAUCCAACAACAUCAAUGCAAGCUUGCCACAAGACGUAGAGAACAAAGAAACCCUUUUGUCUCUGCAAACCCAGCACCACUCCACUGCAUCUACACCGACUGAAGUAUUUUCACAUCCCCUCUCACCGGAAAAUGAAGAAAAAGAAGUGGCUGCUAGUUUUAACGAGACUACUCCACCAACACUCUCUGCAGAGAGGACUACUCCACCACCGCCACCACCAAAUGUGCAAGAUGCAGAUGUAAUGAACAAGCUGAACCAACGUCCAACUGUUAGCAAAUCUUCGUUAGAUUCGCAUGGGGUUUGUCUCACUCUCAGUGAUCAUGACCGAUUGAGAAUAUUCAUACAUGAAUUUACUGUGCGGGGACUGCUUGGAUACAUUGAACGGCAAAUCAGGGUAUUGAGUGAACAGCUUGCAUCUAGGAAAGCAAUUCACAGGUCAAUUUUUUCAGCCACGAAGAAGUGGUUUGGUGGUAACAAACCAAGCAAUCAGGCCUCUCACAUUCAGUCCACAGUAGGCAUUAAAUAUCCACCAGAGUCACCUGAAAAUCAGAUGAGGAGACUGGGAGACUUAUCUUUCCUUGUACAGAAUUAUGAACUGGCUUACCAAUCAUAUCAUUCGGCAAAACGAGAUUAUAACAAUGAUAAUGCUUGGAUGCAUUAUGCCGGUGCAUUGGAAAUGGCCGCCCAGUCAUUGUUUAUGCAGGGAAAUUCUCAACGACCUUUCCCCUCACACUAUAUGGAGAAUUGUAUUACUACAUAUCUAGGUACCUGCAAAAAUGCACACUUUGCAACAAGAGCCACUAUACUGAGCACGGAAAUACUCAAAGCCAAGAAUAUGUAUGCUGAAGCAGCAAUGCAGUUCAUCAGGAUGACUAGCGAGGAUUCAGACCUGAGGAGUGCAUUGCUACUUGAGCAGGCUGCUCACUGUUUUAUCAAUAUGAAACUACCCAUGGUUAGGAAAUAUGCAUUCCACAUGAUUCUCGCUGGCCAUCGGUAUAGUAAAUCAGGGCAACGCAAACAUGCACUUAGAAGCUAUAGUCAAGCAUUGCAGGUUUACAAAGGCAAGGCAUGGACACUAGCAGAGGACCAUAUAAAUUUCACUAUUGGAAGACAGUCUUUCAACUUGAAGCAACUAGAUAAUGCCACAGCAGCAUUCAAGCACUUGUUAACCAAUGAUAGUAGACAAACUCCACCACAACAAGCAGCUUUCCUCAGAGAAUACCUAUUUGUAUUCAAACAGCAGUUAACUCAAGCAACCAGUGAUGGGUCACCGUUAGCAGGCAUACUACCUCAGUUACCGCUACCGCUUAUAGAUAAACCAGCCAUUAAAGUAUUAUUAGGGAGUACUGUCAAAGUGAAACUGCCAGAAGGCAAGACUACAGCUAAUUGUCUUAGUUUUGAUCAAGUAUACAAUGCAGACUGUGUUGAUAGGUGGAAGGACUUGGAAGAGUUGGCAGUCAGCGUGUCCAGUCGGCAGAACUCUUUGCCGUCAGCUUUCAAACCCACAGUGCAAUUAUUUUCUGAACACACUUAUAAUGAUACAAAUCCUAUAGCAGUUGUAGGAGAACCUGUAUCAGUGGAGAUUGUGUUUGUGAAUCCGUUGAAGAUCCCGUUAGUGCUGACUGAUUUGUCGUUGAUUUGGAAAUUCUCACCCAUGAGAUACCUUAUAGGAAAUGAUGAGAACCCUGAACAACAAUCUAAUGUUAUAUCCAAUGAAAGUGGUAAUGGUGCUAAAAUGUCAUUAGCUGACACUGUCAUUGACACUCAAGUCAUCCAAGAAUUUGUACUCGCUGCUUCAGAGAAAAAAUCUAUUGUACUCACAGUGACUCCUCAACAAACUGGUGAACUGCAUAUCAUGGGUGUAGGUUACAGCCUGGGUACCACUUCCCCUCCAAACACGCAGUCGGCAAAUGCAGAAAACAAGGAAAACGUCCCCAAUAGUCCAAUGGUGCCAAAAAAUCCAUUGAAAAAACCUAGCUACGUGAGCGGCAUUACAGUAAGAGGAAGGCAAGACUUAGAUGUGCAAGGGCCGAGGCUGAACACCAGUAAGAACGAGAGAUCGAGUAUUGUUUACGGGCCAGAUAGACGAUUGGACCCAAUUAUCGCACCCCCAAUGCCAUUGUUAAAUGUAAUUUUCAGCAAGUUUCCAACGUCCAUGCUUUGUGGGGAGGUUCAGCAAACCAAUGUUGAGUUCAUCAACCGGGGAAAGUGUGCUUUACAUAAACUUUUUGUGUCUUCAAAAAAUCCUGAAUUUUUUACAUUUGGACUGAUGAAAACUGCCAAGCAGGAGAAUCAACAGAUUUACAGAACUUUAAGGAAAGACGAAUCAAAUAAUGAACAUGUAUGUAAGGCGUUAGAACUGUCUUUUGUCACACAAGUCCCUCUCCCGGAUGGACAGCUAUUGCCAGAUUCCAGUGUGACAUUACCAAUGUGGGUUAGGGGAGCAGAGACGGCUGGUACACACCAAGUGGAGAUGCUCUUCUACUAUGAGUCUGUGGAAGAAAAUGCCAAAAUGAGGCAUCGUGUACUCCACCAUACAGUCACGGUACAAACCAGUAAUUCUAUAUGUCUGAAGACAACAGCCAAACGAGGAUGUGCAAUAAAUAAAGAGAGCAAGAGUUUGAAUUCAGAUGACAGUUUAUUAGUAUCUCUUGAAAUUGAGAAUAUGAAUCAGGUACAUGAUUCUACUAUAACAGAGUUCAGUAUAGAACAAGUAUCAUGUGCUAGUAAACAGUGGUCACUCUUACACCUUAGUACAGAUCAUGAAUCAGAUAUUAAAAUUAAUCCCAGAGAGACAUGCUUUGGCGAAGAAGUUGUUUUUACAAACGUGAUGUUUAAUAACAGUGCACAGAUCAACAGUUCUAUGACACCGUGUUCAGAUUUCUAUUUCUGGUCUAAGGGGAUGUCCCCAUCAGUAUUGUCACUAUUACUCAAUGUGAAAAGCACGAGUAGUACCCCUAAAGAUAUCCUGACACCAGAUACUGACACUGAUACGGUUGGCUCCAUAGAAGAUAUGAAAUCAAAGUUGCAGUCAGCUGUUGAUGUUGGGCUCACAGUGAUUGUAUUAUGGAAGGCCUUUGUUGUGACAGAUGAUGGCAGCUGUCAGGUUAUCACAGGACAGCACCAUGUACCAAUAUCUGUACUUGACCAACAAGAGUCAUCACAGCCAGUCUCCAAAACAAUGGAUUUACAGCCACCAAUCAAGUUCAUCAAACAGAUUGAAAUUCCCAAAGAUGAUGACACAAGUGAUGAAUUGCUGUCACAACUUGUCCAGUAUACUAUGGAGUAUAAUGAGAUUAUACAACAUGACUUUAGCAGAUCAAGGCUUUGUUUGUUUACAGUACAGCUUCAUUUACAUAAUUGUAGCCAGUCCAAUUUACAAGUGAUCAUAAACACAGUGAACGGUAAUCUAUAUGACAGUGGUUAUAGAGCUGAAGUUGAUGAUACAGACCCUUCUACAUAUUACCCAUCGAAUGUUGCCAAUAACUCGGCAUACUAUACUUGGGUUGGACAGAAUUCAGUCCAGAUGAGCAUUGCUUCUAGUCAGAGCCGAACUGUGCAGUUGCGAGCAUGCUUCAGCAAACCGGGACUGUAUAAUCUUGGCCGAAUCAGUGUGUGCAUUCUAAAACCUGAAUUUCCUACAGGGGUUAGGAACAAGAGGCGGAAUAGCCAGGAUUCUGUUGAUGCUAAAGAUGCGAUGACGACAACUGGAGCAGUGCAGUCAAUUAGACAACGGCAAAGUGGACCAUAUCUUGUCACUGUUAAUGAUACAUCAACGUAA